GGCAGAGCAGCGAGCAGCCAGUCAGUCCGUAAAGAGAAACCACUGGCGAGACUUUUCACUCAGCGGCACCGGACGAGACUGUCGGAUAUUAAACCAGCCGAUGAUGUGGUGGCGGCAGCCCGCGGACAGCACCAACUGAGCCCGAGGACCGUGAACGGGAACCAGCGAGCUACGGGAGCUGUCAUUUUUAACUUAGCGGGUCCGCCGGCUUCGCUCUCCGGUCACAGACUACAGACUCCGCUCGCGCUCUGGCUGCCUAGCUAACCCCGCUAGCUGCUCGGCUAACACCCGCCGCUCCUCGCGUCUCGUCUGAGCGCCAGAAACUGCACCUGUCCCGGCUGUCAGCGUCACAGUUACCUCUUAGGGACUUCAAACAAUGUGCUGCUCGAUCGUGAGUGACUUUUUACGGCCGAGGGGGGUUUUGACACACACUUUGCCGAGCGACCAGUGAAGCUACACGGCUCAAGCUAACAAGUUGACGUGGAGGAGGAACUCGAGGGUUUUUUCUUUUUUUUUUUUUUUUUUUUUGGAUUGUCGAGAUUGUUGUUGAUGUUCUCCAAGCUGUGAUUUCAGAAGGAUUACUUUUUUCUAACCUUCCCAGAGGCGGACUUUUCUCUGAACCCUCACAGAUCGUCCAGGUUACCAACCAGCGAUGUUUAUUUGUGGCCAGAAAGUAAUUUCAAGUGUUUACAAAUUCCACAGCGGGACUCUUUCCUGGUUCGAGUGCUGCAGCGGAAACAUUAGCUAACACAGACUAGCUCAGAUCAGUGUUGUCGUGUUUACUAGAUAGAUAGACGGAACAAACUGUUGCCAAACAAUCUAACCACAGAGGAAAACUGCGCCUCAGCUGCGGAAGCCGAUCACAUCGAUCUCGUACCUGCAGUUUGUUGUGAUCUCACGUUACUGCACAGGUCUCCUGCGCACCUGGAAGCCAAGUUCAACGCAGCUGUGGGUGUGUGAGCCGAAACCCUUUACCUCCGCUUGACAGGGAAGUCACGUUGAGUUGUGUCCCGCGGGGAGUUGAUCCAUUGAUCGGAUCGUUAUUGUGCUAUUUUAGCCGAUUGGGGGGAGACGAGCGGCAGCGAGAGAAACAGGAGCGAUGUCGGGCCAAUCCAUCACGGAUCGGAUCGCAGCAGCGCAGCACAGCAUGACCGGGUCGGCCAUCAGCAAGGCUGUGUGCAAAGCCACCACACAUGAAGUGAGCGGACCCAAGAAGAAACACCUCGACUAUUUGAUCCACUGCACCAAUGAGAUGAACGUGAACAUUCCCCAGCUGGCGGACACGCUGUUUGAGCGCACAGCCAACUCCAGCUGGGUGGUGGUCUUCAAAGCCCUUAUCACCACCCACCACCUCAUGAUGUACGGCAACGAGGUAGGAGACGCACAUUCACACGAACAAAAGCGCUGCAGGGCAGUCGGCGCAGGAAACAUCAAUAAGUGA